CUUAACCGUAUUUAUUCAAAUAAUUUAUACAUUAUACAAAAAAAAUCUCAAAUUAAUUUCUGUAACUCACAUUUUUGUUUCAUGAAGGCAUUCAUCCCUGACAAAUCGAAAGAAGAAAAAGCUGCCGAUGAACUGUUUGCAAAUUAUCCAGAGCUGGAAGCUCACUACAAAAAGUUGGUGAAUGAUCUAGAGCUGACGAUCACUGCCAACCGGUUCAUAGAGGAUGUGAACAAGCUGUGGAGCGGGGUGUCGAGUCGGCAUGGGGUGUUGCAACAGUUUGUUGCAUUGGUGAAGGAGCAGAGGAGCACCAUAUCCACCCUCAACUCGGAGGUGGGAGACUGUCUGCGGUCGACUAAGGACAAACAGGAUAAUGUCAAGAAACUCAAAAUG